GUUGAAUGCUGAGAAGAGAGGGUUUGCUUCCGCUCAACUUCAACCUGUAUCUACUGUCAUGGCUAAUUUCCUUCAGAUUAUGAAGUAUCGUGGAUAUAUUAAAGAUUUUGAGGUACAGAACCCCCAUAGAGUUGGUAAGAUAUCUGUCCAGUUAACGGGUAGGGUCACUGAUUGUCGUGCUCUCUCACAUAGACAAGAUAUCAAGGCUCAGAACAUUGAGAGCUACGCAAAACGUACCCUUCCAACCCGUCAGUGGGGCUAUGUUGUGAUAACAACACCAAAUGGAGUUUUGGAUCAUGAGGAAGCAAUUCGACAAAAUGUUGGUGGUCAAGUCCUCGGGUACUUUUACUGAUCGAAGUCAAGCAAAAUUGAAGAUCAGAGAAAAUCACUCUCGUUAUUGUACAUUUAUGGAAUUGAUUGAUUGCAAAUCACCCUUUCUGGAAUGACAAUGCAAAAACUGGAGUUGGAUGAAAAUCAUGUCUUCCUGUUCUUUCUUGUUGCGGAAGAGACAAGAAAUAAAUUGCUUGUUUCGUGGUUAAUGGCUAUG